AUGCGCUUCCUUGCCUUCACUCCCCUGCUCUUCGCUCUCGGCGUAGUCGCUGACCUCCAAUUCGUUGACUUUCCCCACCUCAUUGUUCCCAUUAAGAAAAGCCAACCCGACAAGAACUUCGGCACCCAAACGUCUGGCGAAAUCAGCAACGAUGUCUGGACAGAAAUCUCCUUCGAUGUCCGCAGCGACAUCCCCGCCACCACGUGCCGCGUCAAUUUCCACAUCAACACCAAUCCAACCAAGAACGCGCCACGCUCCCUCUCAGGUGUAGAGCCGUACAAUUUCCUAAUUUACCGCAUCACACCCACCAUGGACAAGGACAAAGAUACUUGGAAUCACUCGCCCUCGAUCAUCAACUACAUAGCGGAGGUGACGCUUACGCAAGCCGGCGACGUCUCGAUCAAGGAUGGAUGGUUCCCGUGCCCCAAUGGUACCGUCGCACAAUUCCUGAUGACGCCGGUGAACAGCAAGAAGGCGUUCAAGUACACGUGGUUUGAGCUGGACUAUCCCGAAGAGGAGGGAGGGCCGCAUGGUAUCACGUUAGAGAUGCAUGAUUGA